CUCCUACCUCAUUGUCGCGGAGAUGCUUCAAUUUGCGACUGUGUAUCAGGGCUGCCCUUUAAAACCAUAGACCAUGGCUCCAACACUCUUCUGGAUUGGCCUGGGAAACAUGGGCCGGGGGAUGUGUAAAAAUAUCGUCGAGAAAGCAGAUGUCGCCCAGCCUGUUCUCGUCUACAACCGCACCAAGCAGAAGUCAGUCGACUUCAGCAAGCAGUUCCCCGCCGAAAAGACCGAGAUCGUGGACUCGAUCGCUGCGGGCGUCGCCAGAGCUGACAUCAUAUUCAUGAUCCUCGCCAAGGACGACAUCGUCGAAGCCGUAGCAGACGAGAUCCUCAAGGCCGGAGAUGUCUCGGGCAAGCUCAUAGUUGAGUGCUCGACUAUCCACCCAGACACCACCGUCCGCGUUGCCAAAGCGUUCUGGGACCGCGGCGUCGAAUUCGUUGCCGCCCCGGUAUUCGGCGCACCCGCCAUGGCUGAGAUUGGGCAGCUCGUCGGAGUGCUCGCGGGGCCCAAGGACUCGGUCCAGAAAGCCAGCCGGUACUUCAAGGGUGUCAUGGCCAAAGGCGAAAUCGACAUGAGCGACGAGCCCUAUGAGAAAGCGCUCACGCUGAAGCUGGUCGGCAACACCUUCAUCCUGAACAUGGUCGAGCAGCUGUCCGAGGCCCUGGUGCUGGCCGAAAAAUCCGGGCUUGGGACGCAAUACCUGCACGAACUUGUCGGGAGCAUGUUCCCCGGUCCUCUGGCAAAGGCCUGCGGCGUUCGGAUGAGGAAUCUGGAGGUCGCGGACGCCCAUCUGGAUCAGGUGGUGGAGCACCAAGGGGAGAAGGGGGACAUCGCCAGUAUCUAUGGUACCGUCAGGGCCCAGGCCGGGUUGAAGUAUGAGAAUGAGCCAGAGGAGAACAAGAGCAAGGCAAAGGCGCAGUAAUUAGUGACUGGUUAUUUCUUAGAGAGAAUUCCACGGCCGACCUGUAAUCCGCGUUAGACUGCUAGUUAGACAAACUCCUAUCAAAGCUCCGGAUAACGUAUAAUGAUAAGCGAGCGGCGCGGACAAGCGAGCGGCGCACUGGUAAGAGCUGUAUAGACGUUUUAGGUGUAGCACUAACAG